AUGCGGAUACCCAUCAGGAACGUGGACACAGGAGUAAUUCCAACACCAGGGCCCCCAAGCUCCGCCCUCGUCAGUAGACCCCAGGGGCCCCCAAGCUCCGCCCUCGUCAGUAGACCCCAGGGGCCCCCAAGCUCCGCCCUCGUCAGUAGACCCCACGGGCCCCCAAGCUCCGCCCUCGUCAGUAGACCCCACGGGCCCCCAAGCUCCGCCCUCGUCAGUAGACCCCAGGGGCCCCCAAGCUCCGCCCUCGUCAGUAGACCCCAGGGGCCCCCAAGCUCCGCCCUCGUCAGUAGACACCAGGGCCCCCAAGCUCCGCCCUCGUCAGUAGACCCCAGGGGCCCCCAAGCUCCGCCCUCGUCAGAAGACCUCAGGGCCCCCAAGCUUCGCCCUCCUAAAUAUUACGUAGUCUUAGCAUUUGCGUCUUUUACUCAAAACCUUGCGUCAUCCGCUGAAGUUAUUGCGUCAUCCGCUGAAGUUAUUGCGUCAGGUGCUGAAGUUAUUGCGUCAUCCGCUGAAGUUAUUGCGUCAUCCGCUGAAGUUAUUGCGUCAUCCGCUGAAGUUAUUGCGUCAGGUGCUGAAGUUAUUGCGUCAUCCGCUGAAGUUAUUGCGUCAGGUGCUGAAGUUAUUGCGUCAUCCGCUGAAGUUAUUGCGUCAGGUGCUGAAGUUAUUGCGUCAGGUGCUGAAGUUAUUGCGUCAUCCGCUGAAGUUAUUGCGUCAGGUGCUGAAGUUAUUGCGUCAUCCGCUGAAGUUAUUGCGUCAGGUGCUGAAGCUCAGCUGAGCGUCACUGGAGGCAUCAGCGAUAAAGUCAUUAACUCAGAGGAGAAGGAAUAUUGA